AUGUCUCACCUCGGCGCUCCGCCUAGCUACGAAGACUCACUAGCAUCCUCAACCUCACCCACCCAAAUUCAACCACCACCAUAUCACAACUGGCAAGAAGCCGUACCCGAUACAUCCAUUCUCCCACCACCCCCAGUAUCAGGUUACUACAGUUCAGGCACAGGCAACGCCUCGGCCACAGACGCAGAUCGCGCCCACGACUUCUGCAACACAACCCCACUCUGGACCCCCGUCCUCCCAUCCCAAACAGUCUGGAACGAGACAAACACCCACUCCAUCCGACCCAUCCAACCCCGCGAAUUCCACGGCAAACUAACCACCCCAUCCAAGGGUCAAUGGAAAGCAAGCUCGACCGAUCGAAACGGAGACUGCGCACUAUUGUCACACUUACCGCUGUACUUUGCGGCCGUGGACUCGCCGUUCGCGCAGGGCCGGAAGAAGACCAUUUACUUCGAACUCACGCUGAAGGGGCUUCGCGCGGGGCCGGACGGUGAUGCGUCUGGGUUCACGGUGGGAUUUGUCGCGGGGCCGUAUCCUUCUUGGAGGUCUCCGGGUUGGGAACGGGGGAGUUUGGGAAUCUGCUCUGAUGACGGGUGUCGAUUUGUGAAUGAUUCGUGGGGAGGGCGAGACUUUACCACACCUGUUCGUGUCGGUGAGACGGUUGGUCUGGGUAUGACCUUUGAUAUCCCUUCGCAUCCAGUGGGCGACAGCAAGGAGCAGUCGAAGUCGAAAAAGUGCAACGUGGAGGUCUUUUUCACCCGGAACGGGCGAGCUGCUGGCGGGUGGAACUUACACGAAGAGACUGAUGAGGAUGCUGGCGGGGUGGAGGGCUUAGAAGGGGACUUUGACCUGUAUGGGGCUGUUGGGUUGUUUGGUGGCGUCGACUUUGAGUCUUGCUUUGACCCUGCAGGGUGGCUCUGGAAGCCUACGUAG